AUGUUCGGAAUACUGGGUGCCGUCAAUGUUGACAGCAACACCAAGACCUACUCCUCUUUUGAGGACCUCUUCGCAGCGCUUAAGGCGCGAAUGCAGAAGGAUGGUUACAAGGUUGUCAAAUCGCGCACCCAUCGCAACAAGGUCGGCGGCACCUACGAAAAGGGCAGCGAGGUCGUGCGAUGUGAUCUCGUGUGCGACCGCGGCGGCCAGCCGUACAAGUGCACCGCGACCCAGCUCAAAACCACCACUAAGAAAACGGAUUGCCCAUGGAAGGCCAAGGCUGUCAAUCGCAAAACCAUGGGCGCAUGGCUCUUGACCAUUAUUUGCGACGAGCACAACCAUGAGCCCAGAACGCCUGAUCCGCCGACGGACGAAGAGGAUGCUGAUGCUGAGGGAGAUGCCGAUGUCCAGGAUACAUCAGCCAUAGUGCCAGAGCAGGACAAUUCUAUCCCAACGCCAGAUCCCAUGACAUCGGCUGCCCUUGCCGUAGCCGGCGUCUCUAGUUCACAGAUGCGACUUACCGGCGAUACCUUUCACAACUUCAAGGCAGAAUAUCGUAAAAUGACCAAACCGGAGCGUAUCGGCGUUCUCGCCCAGCUGCAGCUGCGAGUUGCAGCGCUCUACGCCAUCGAGAACGAGGAUUUGCAGAGACAAGAGCGACAGGCGAGGCAGGAGAGGAAACACCAAGAGAUCGAGGAUACCCGUCGCAAGUCGCAGAGCUCGCAGCAAACACAGCAACCACUUCAACAGGCGCAAGGGCAACCGCAACAGCAGCAGCAGCAACAACAACAACAACAUCACCCACAAGCACAGCAGCAUCAACCGCAGCACCAAACUCACCAACCACAUCAGCAACACCAACAGCCACAGGCCCAGAAUCAUACCCAUAAUCACAAUCACACUCAUACCCAUAACCAUAAUCACAACCGGGCUGCCCAGCAGCAGAUGAAUCAGAUGUCUCGGGACAGCAUGGCGGGGAUGCAGAAACACCCGUUCGAGCAAUCGGGCCACGACGAGCACGCACAGUACCGUGAUCGUCAGGCUGAGGUGGGCAACCGCCACCAAAACUUCAUGAACAUGGCUCGCGAGCACAUGGGUAAUGCCGUGCAGCAGACGCCGGUCCAGCAAACGCCGAUCCCAGUGCCACAGUUCGGCAUGCAGCCCACGCCUGGGCCCAAUUCAGCCAAUGUGUUCAGACAUUACAGCGGCACGCCGACGAACAACACCGGAGCGCCAGCUGGCGGAGGUACGCCGGCGACAGGUCAACAGAAACGACGGGGAAGGCCGAAGAAGUCGGGCAUGGAUCAACAAAGUCUCGAUGCGAGUCUGCACAUGGGCAGGUGA